AUCACAUGCUCAGUGUUUUUGCUCGGUCUCUUUGAAACGGCGCAGAGAUUCCGUCUUUUAUACCUCCAGUUUUCCUCUAACUUUGGACUUUUGCGCUUCAUCUGAUGUCCGGGUAUUUGUUCUCGCGUUUGCGGAGCGGUGCGACGCGCGAGUGACGCGGAACGCGCUGUUUUCAGUCAGUUACUGAGGCAUUUUAUUGCGCAUGUUCAUGAACCGCCCGAAUGAACGCGGAUCAAUAAAACACUGCGAUCUCAUCAAACAUCUGAUUAAAUCAUUCUCAUCUGAUCAGACAUCAACAUUAUAACAUCGAGACACGAGAGCACUUAUGCUUUCAACGCGGGAGCGCAGGCCUGUAGUCCAGUAAACUCAACCUGAUCAGUCUGAUCGAUACCUGAUGCUGGGGACUACAGACAUCCCCCUGAACCUUGAGGAGAUGCGCCCACACUGAUUAGAACAUAAUUAUAACAGAUACACGCACCUCUAUCUUCAUAUGUGAGAUCCUGAUCAGUCUGAUUGAUACUUUGUCAAUAAUUGAUCAAUAAUCAGAUGCUGAGGACCUCAAACAUCCACAUGGACCUAGAGAAGAUUUACCAACACUGAUCAGCACAAAAUUACUGAAGAUACACACAUCUUCCUGUGCAUCUCUUGAGAUCCUGAUCAAUAACUGAGCAAUAACUGAUGCUGAGGACCAAAAAUAUCCGCCUGACUUUGGAGGAGACGCCCACACUCUGAUCAGCACAGAAUUCUAUUAGGUACACACCACUCUCUGUGCAUAUGUGACGUCCUGAUCAGUCUGAUCAACAUAUAAUCAAUAACAGAUGCUGAAGUGUGAUUGACGGAUCUUAAUCAUCUUUCUCGCCUCUGUCCAUCAGUGUGUCUCUGGGCUGGUCUGGACACACACCUGUGAGGAUGCCAUGUUUACAUUAGACAGGUGUGCUCUUCCUCUGGCUGGAUGUUCUGAGCAGGUGUGUCCGAUCAGGUGGAUGUGAGACACACACACACACAUACAGUCAUGCAGGCUGCGCCCUUCCAGUACGAUUUCUACAGUGAGGAGAACGCACCCAAAUGGAGGGGAUUACUGGUGCCGUCACUCAACAAGGUGUUGAAUCAGGUGCACCCGAAGCUGUCGUCCCAGCAGGAGGCGCUGCAGUACAUCGAGGGUUUGAUUCUGGUGCUGCUCAACACGCUUUGUCAGGCGCAGCCGCGCACCGUACAAGACGUGGAGGAGCGCGUGCAGAGGAGUUUCCCUCACCCCAUAGAGAAAUGGGCGAUCGCAGACGCCCAGGCUGCUAUAGAGAAGAGGAAGAGGAGGAACCCUUUAGCCCUGCCGGUGGAUAAGAUUCAUCCACUUCUAAAGGAGGUUCUGGGCUAUAAGAUCGAUCAUCAGGUGUCCGUGUACAUCGUAGCUGUGCUGGAAUAUAUCUCCGCGGAUAUACUGAAGCUAGCGGGAAAUUACGUGCGCAACAUUCGCCAUUAUGAGAUCUCGCAACAGGACAUCACUGUGGCCAUGUGUGCUGAUAAGGUGUUGAUGGACAUGUUCCAUCAAGUGGAGGAGGACAUCAGUGUGUUUCCUCUGAUGGAUGAGGAACCAUCAGCGUCUGAAGAACAGAUGUAUUAUGACCUGGUGAAAGUGUUCAUGGCCGAGGUACGGCAGUAUCUGCGAGAUCUCAACCUCAUCAUCAAAGUGUUCCGCGAGCCGUUCGCUUCAAACACCAUGCUCUUCUCCCCUCACGAUGUGGAGAAUAUUUUCAGUCGUAUUGUGGACAUUCAUGAGGUAACGGUGAAGCUGCUGGGCUUGAUUGAAGAUACGGUGGAGAUGACUGAUGAAGGGAGUCCUCAUCCGCUGGUGGGCAGCUGUUUUGAAGACCUCGCUGAGGAGCUGGCCUUUGACCCCUACGAGACGUAUGCACAGGACAUCCUACGCAGCGGCUUCCAUGACCACUUCCUGAGUCAGCUCUCCAAACCCGGAGCGGCCAUUUACCUGCAGUCAAUCUGUGAAGGUUUCAAAGAGGCGGUGCAGUAUGUGUUACCACGGUUACUGCUCACACCUGUGUACCACUGUCUUCAUUACUUUGAGAUUUUAAAGCAACUGGAGGAGAAGAGUGAGGAUGAGGAGGAUAAAGAGUGUUUGAAACAGGCCAUCACAGCACUGCUGAACCUACAGAGCAGCAUGGAGAGAAUCUGCUCCAAGAGUCUGGCCAAGAGACGUCUCAGCGAGUCGGCGUGCCGCUUCUACAGUCAGCAGAUGAAGGGGAAACAUCUGGCUAUCAAGAAGAUGAAUGAGAUUCAGAGGAACAUUGAUGGUUGGGAGGGGAAAGAUAUCGGCCAGUGCUGCAAUGAGUUCAUCAUGGAGGGAACGCUCACUAGGGUGGGCGCCAAACACGAGCGCCAUAUCUUCCUGUUUGAUGGCCUGAUGAUCUGCUGCAAGUCCAACCAUGGCCAGCCACGUCUACCAGGAGCCAGUGCCGCAGAGUACCGACUCAAAGAGAAGAUCUUCAUGAGGAAGGUCCAGAUAAACGAUAAGGAUGAUAAAGAGGGCGAGUACCGUCAUGCAUUUGAAAUCAUUCUGAAAGAUGGGAACAGUGUGGUGUUUGCAGCGAAAUCAGCAGAAGAGAAAAACGGCUGGAUGGCGGCACUGAUCUCUUUGCAGUAUCGCUCCACACUGGAGCGCAUGCUCGACACGGCCAUGCUUCAGGAGGAGAAGGAAGAGCAGAUGAGGCUUCCAGGUGCAGAAGUAUACCGCUUCGCUGAGCCUGACUCAGAAGAAAACGUUGUAUUUGAGGAGAAUGUUCAGUCCAAGUCUGGUAUUCCCAUCAUCAAAGCUGGAACUGUGCUGAAACUCAUCGAGAGACUGACCUUCCACAUGUAUGCCGAUCCCAAUUUCGUCCGGACGUUUCUGACGACGUACCGAUCAUUCUGUAAACCUCAAGAGCUGCUGGAUCUGCUCAUGGAGAGGUUUGAAAUUCCUGAACCGAAGCCCACAGAAGCAGACCAGAUGGCUCUGGAGAACGGUGAUCAGCCACUGAGUGCAGAACUCAAACGAUUCCGCAAAGAGUUUGUGCAACCUGUACAGCUCAGGGUGUUGAAUGUGUGCAGGCACUGGGUCGAGCAUCAUUUCUAUGAUUUUGAGAGAGAUGCGCAGUUGCUACGGCAACUAGAGGAGUUUAUCGGGAUGGUCAGAGGUAAAGCCAUGAGGAAGUGGGUGGAGUCCAUCACUAAAAUCAUCCAGAGGAAGAAACAGGCUCAAGCGAACGGCCCGAGUCACAACAUCACGUUCGAGAGCUCGCCGCCGCCCAUGGAGUGGCACCUCUGUAAAGCCGGGCAGACCGAUCAGUUUGAACUUAUGACCCUUCACCCCAUAGAGAUCGCCCGACAGCUCACGCUCCUGGAGUCUGAAUUCUACAGGGCGGUUCAGCCAUCAGAGUUGGUCGGCAGCGUUUGGACUAAAGAAGACAAAGAGAUCAACUCGCCAAACCUGCUGCGGAUGAUCCGUCACACGACUAACCUCACGCUGUGGUUCGAGAAGUGCAUCGUAGAAACGGAGAAUGUGGAAGAGCGUGUGGCCGUGGUGUCACGUAUCAUCGAGAUUCUCCAGGUGUUUCAGGAGCUGAAUAACUUCAAUGGCGUUCUGGAGGUGGUGAGCGCCAUGAACUCCUCUCCUGUGUACAGACUCGAUCACACAUUUGAGCAAAUCCCGAGCAGACAGAGGAAGACUCUGGAGGAAGCUCAUGAACUGAGUGAAGAUCAUUAUAAGAAGUAUCUGGUCAAACUCCGAUCCAUCAACCCGCCCUGUGUGCCGUUCUUCGGCAUUUAUUUAACAAAUAUUCUGAAAACGGAGGAGGGCAAUCCGGACUUCUUAAAGAGACACGGCAAAGAGCUCAUCAACUUCAGUAAACGACGGAAAGUGGCGGAAAUCACGGGUGAAAUCCAGCAGUAUCAGAACCAGCCGUACUGCUUACGUGUGGAGAGCGACAUACGGAAAUUCUUUGAGAAUUUGAAUCCAAUGGAUGACAUGACAGAGAAAGAGUUUGCCGACUACCUGUUUAACAAAUCUCUGGAGAUUGAGCCGCGUAACGCUCGUACGCUGCCCCGAUUCCCGAAGAAAUACAACUGUCCUCUGAAGUCACCCGGUGUUCGCCCGUCUACCGUGCGCCAGGGUACGAUGCGCCACCCUACGCCGCUGCAGAACGAGCCACGUAAGAUCAGUUACAGCCGGAUCCCAGACAGCGAGACAGAGAGCAGCGCCGCUUCUGCGCCAAACUCCCCCCGCACACCCCUCACACCACCUCCUGCGUCUGCCGCAUCCAGCUCCACUGAGAUCUGCAGCGUGUUCGACUCGCCACAGGGACCAUCAAGCCCCUUUCACUCCAGGUCAUCUUCAGUGUCGUCUAUGGUGGGAUUCCUGCGGUGUGAUGAUGCUCCUGUACCUCCACCCGUCCCUCCUCGCCGCCGCCCAGAGUCUGCCCCCGCCGAGUCAUCGCCCUCAAAGAUGAUGUCAAAGCAUUUGGACAGUCCGCCUGCGAUUCCUCCACGCCAACCCACCACGAAGGUUUACUCGCCACGUUACUCGCUCACAGAGCCACCCGACAGCCCCCCCACCCUGCCUCCACGGGAACCGGUGAGAACGCCCGAUGUCUUCUUGAACUCCCCCCUCCACCUGCAGCCGCCCCCGCAGGGCCGACGCUCCGAACUGAGUCAGACCUUUUUCCCCCCCUCACCCUUCAGUCCGCUCCCCCCACAAACCCCGUCACCGCUAGGACCGCGCAGACACCUGCCCUCCCCCCCGCUCCAGCCCCUGGACUGUGACCCACCACAGGGGGUCGCCGGACCGCCCGUACCACCACGACAGAGCACGUCCCAGUCGCCCAUCCCCAAACUCCCUCCCAAGACCUACAAAAGGGAGUCGGCUCACCCGUUCGUGCAUCGCGACGGCCCGCCCCUCCUGGAGAACGCAAACCCUUCGUAGAGGAUGACACACAACGGACUGCAGUACAGAACCACGCAGAACACUCAAAGACAAUUUAAAAGCCAGUGUUGGAUCUCACCAGACAAAAACAAACAAAUGCAACAAUGUGCCCUUAUAGCGCCAGUCCCAGACAAUUGCGUUUUCAUAAAGUGCACAUCACGUUGAGAUUUCCUGACCCCGUUGGGGGAAUUCUGUGUAUUUUUGUGUUUCAUGUGGCUGUUGUUCGUUUAGUGUUUGUUCAUUUCAAUGGUUUUGUUUCUGUUUGGCUGCCCCUCCCCCCCCUGCACACAGCCAAACGCUUGACAAAUGUACUGAGAAACGAACACAUAAACCUGCUGGACGACUGUACAGUUUCUGGACUCAAGCAUUUGUGAGCCAGCAGACUUAUGAGUACCGUGGCUUUAAGGUACCCUCGCACACCAAAGAGGUACUCAAGAAACACAAUGAUUGUCCUUUAUGUCUUCAAACUUUUAUUUUCAAAAUCGUGUGUGUUUGCCAACAAGUAUGUAAAGAACAGCGAUCACCUUCUUAAAACAAGGGAAUAAAAGUGUUUCUACCACUGUAUGCCAGACACUAGCCAUGAAAAUGUGUUCAAAACAAAAAAAGUAAAGUGAGCUUCACUAAUUAACAAGCAAAUAUUUAGGGAAAUGUAUGGAUUUUUGAAGACAUCUUAAUACAGUAUGUGACGCAAACAUUAGAUUCCACGAAACACUUUCAGCUCAACGAAUGCAAAAAUAUGUCUGUAUUUCCUCCAUGUCAUGCACCUUAUUAGUGACUUUUCAGCUGCUCUGUAAAGAGAUUCCACCAAACACUGGUGAUUGUCAUCUACAUAACUAAUUCUGCAUAUGGAUCUCUAAACUACCAGGGC